UAGCAGACGGCACGCACACGGCCGGCAGCGAGCGGGCAUGUUAUUGAGCGGAGCUGAGUUUGUGUCCUAACUAGAUCUUUGAGAGGUUUGGUGAAAAAAUACAGAAGCUGCAUAUAGAUAGUACCACACCAGUAAAUUCAAUGACAAAUUGUGUGAGUGCCAUUCCGCUAGCUUGUCAACAAACUAGAGGUUUAAGUUACUGAGUGUGAGCUGUGCGAGCUACGACGAGUACGACAUUUCACGAGCGGGAGCCAGCGAUCCCACGCCAGUGAGCCCGGGUCGUUGACAAGGAGGAAACCGCUGAAUUCCUGAAAAGUGGAACAGUGCAUUGAUCAUGGCGCUCAAUCCAUCAUCAGCGUUUAGAAUGAGAGCACUGAACAUGAUGAAGUGUAUUUCUUAUGCAUCAGUUUCUCGAAGAACUAAUUUUUGGAUACAAGGACAGGGCAAGGGAUUUCAUCAAAGUUCAAAUUUACUCAACGAAGUUCUGAUGAACAUGACAAAGGAAAAGCGCAUUUUCUCCGGGAUCCAGCCUACGGGGGUGCCACACAUCGGCAACUACCUUGGAGCUAUCCAGAACUGGAUCCAGCUCCAGGAAGAGGAGAAUACCGAGAUGAUCCUGAGUAUAGUGGAUCUUCAUUCCAUCACUCUCCCCCAGGAUCCCAAGGAGUUAAGGGAGAGUAUCCUUACCUCUGCUGCUGUUCUCCUUGCCUGUGGAAUCGACCCUGAUAAAAGUAUUCUCUUCCAGCAGUCAAGUGUCCAUCAGCAUGCCGAGUUGAGUUGGAUAUUGGGGUGUAGAACAACACUUGCUAGGCUAGGACAGUUCCCACAAUGGAAGGCUAAAGCAGGGAAUGAUAAGACCAAGUCCUGUGUAGGUCUGUACACCUAUCCAGUCCUCCAGAGUGCAGACAUCCUCCUCUACAAAGCUACUCAUGUUCCAGUAGGUGAAGACCAGAUGCCGCAUCUGGAGCUGGCUCAAGAUUUAGCCAGGAUCUUUAACAAUGCCUAUGGGGAAUUCUUUCCAGCCCCCAAAACAACUGUGGGUGACUUCAAGAAGAUCAAGAGCCUACGCAACCCUGAACAGAAGAUGAGCAAAUCAGAAUCAGAUCCUAAGGGAAAGAUAGAACUGACCGAUUCCUGUCAGGAUAUCCGCGAGAAGUUCAAGAAAGCAAAAACAGACUUUAUCUCAGAAGUGACCUUUGACCCUGAGUCGCGACCUGGGGUGUCCAACCUUGUAGCCAUCCUGUCGGCGUUUACAGGGAAAGAACCGACCAAGAUAUGUGAGCAGGUUGAGAUUAUGAACACGGCUCAGUUCAAGAUGGUCGUGGCUGAUGUGGUCAAUGAGAAGUUGGAACCUAUUAGGAAUAAAGUUUGUGAACUCAGAAAGGACAAGGCCUAUCUGGAAGAGGUUUUGAAGACAGGACAGAAAAGGGCGCAGGAGAUUGCAGAAACAAAUCUUGAUACUGUGAAAAGGAUGGUUGGGUUAUCAUAGCAGCAGGUGCACAUGGGUUGAAGGACUGCAGUCGUGAUCCUAGCUGGUGUCCAAGGAAUUCCAGUUUGUGCGUACUCUAGGAACAAACUUGGGACCAUUAAUGCAAAUUUACAAAUGCCACAUCUAUUAGAAGGAAUCCCACUCAGCAUUUCUCACAGUCUGUUUCCUCACAUUCCCAUUUUUCUUGUCAAUGCUGAAAUGGGAUUUGUGAUGAAAGGGCACUGAGCAGGACUCCUGAAGAAAGACAAGGCUCAGAUUUUUCUUUUAAUAUUAAAGUGCCUAAGGCUAAAGAUGACUUUAUUUACAAGUACUUUAUCAGUGAUGUUAAUGUCGUGCAAUUUCAAGAUAUGAGAUAUUAUUUUUAAUACAUUUUCUCCUGAUAUGGCAGUUCCUUAUCUAGGGGCCUGUUUCAGGGUUUGAGUUGGGUUUUUAUUGCAUUAUACCUUUUUUAAAUGAGGUGAAAAAUUAUGAAAUGAAAGAAUGAAUGGAAAAGUUGCAAUGAAAUGCAACUCAAAAUUUUGACCUCAAAAGUGUUUCUGAUUGGAUGCAAAUCAAGAUGCAUUUCAAUUUUUUAGUCAUUUUAUUUAGUUGUUUUAAGUACCAAUUCAUUAGGAUUCCAUAUGCAUGCUGCAUGAAAUUUGUACAUGUAACAUGUAUUCUUGUAUGAUGUUAAAUUCACAUGUACAUGUAUGGGUGAGGGAGAACUUUAUUGCAUUUUUUUAUUUCAAGAUUAAUAGUGUGUAUGGGUGCUUUGAAGUAUGUUAGUAAUCUUUGUCAAGUGUUUAUGAUAUUACAAUAUUAGUUUUCAAGACUACAAUAAACAUUGUAGUUACAAUACUGUCCAAAGCAACAGUAUGAUUAUUUGUUCAGCAAAUUUUUAGGACAUAAUCAUGAAUGCCAGACAUCUUGCUCAGGGAAUAAAAGAAAAAUGAGGAAUAUUAUUUGUUAAUGCAUUGCAUACCCGGCAGCCAAGAAAUGGGAGCAAAUUGCAAAGAAAAAUCUAGAAAUAUGAACAUUAUUUAAUUUCUAUUCAAUCCUUCAUAAACAUUAAACACAGAAAUAGGAACAAACAGGUAGCAAUAUUCCCUUCCCAAAAUAAAUAUAUUCCUAGAACAUUUGGCAGGUAUUGCAUUUUGAUAUAUAUGAAUGACUCAUCAGCUUUAUGCUUUUAUCCAAUGGCAUUUUCAUGGCAGUCUUAAAUCUAUAUUCUUUUUCUGUUUUCCUUUUUUAAAUUUGUUUCAUUUACUAUUUGUGAAAUACUUGGGUCUAUUGUCAUCCUCAUUGAAAGGCAACAAUCGGUCAUCAUACUACAAAGUCAAAAGUGAAUGGGACCAAUCAUAAAUAUUGGAUUAUGUAUUCAAAUUCUGCUUUGUCAGGUGCAAAUAUUGAUUACCCAAGCAUGCUCAUAAAUUGUUUCUACUAUAAAAGGUCUUUAAUAUAAAUGAUUCCAAAGUCUGCUCAUCAUGUCAUAAAUGUGUUGCCAUUGUGUUAAUAGUGACAGCAAAAUGAGUUUAUGUACAUUAUUGAUGCCUGUACGGUUUCACAAGCUGCAACCAGGGCCACUUACCACAAAACUUUUUAUUGAUUGCAUUUCUAAUUUUUAUGAUUGAUUACAUUGAUUAUUAUGUGCAGUCAUUCAUACAAAUCAAUUGUAUGAUCAAUUACUAAUCUUUAUGUUACAGGGCCCUGGAUCACUUCAGCUGGAUUCCUUAUAGAGGAGCAAACAAUGAGUAACUGAACAAUGUGUGAUAUAUUUCCUACUCUGGCUGUAACCACAUCAUACUGGUUCCAAUAAUCUUGACAUAUUCUGCAUUAAAGGGAUGCUCUCGACUGAAUAUGUUUAUAUCUCAAUAAGUAAAGUUCACAGAGCAAAAUGCUGAAAAUUUGAUAACAUAUAAUGAAGUCAUUGAAUUUCAAAGAUUUGCGUUAUUCAG